UCUUGAUUACAGUUGAGACCUUUUUCCUUACAGUUAAUGUUAAAUAUAAAGGUACGUUUUUCCAGAAGUUACUUUGGGUGGAUUGUAUUCAGGGCAGGCUUCAAAUAUGGGCUAAUGUUGGAACUUUUGGGGUCUGCCUCUUCUCCGAAAAGUGGCAUGGUUUCAUGGACAGAAAGGAAUUAGGAGAAUAUCUAACGCUUUCAACAGUACUUUCUAGAAUGGGCAUGUCUCAGAUGUUUAUCAGGUUCUUGAUACAUUCGACCCUACGACUUUCUGUUAACUAGUGCUCCCUAGAUCUACAGCAAUUUAUUUGUCUUUAAUUCAUACAGGCAAUAUUCUUAGCAUUGUUUUGUGGUUUAAAGUUAGUCUUUAACACUUUUCAAAUAGCACUCAGAAGAGUAGUUUUCUGUAAGAGAGCUCAUGGCCUGUCUGACUUCCUAAAUAUAAUAACUCUCAGAUAUUAGAGUUAAUGCCUGUUUGAUUUUUUACUCCAUUCUUUUACACUGUGUGUAUGAAUUAGCUUCUGUUGUUGUUGUUGUUGUUGUUGGUUGGUUCUUUUUUAUACUCUCAAAAAUAAUAGUUUUUGAUUAAAAUUUUAAUUUCAACGUUUUGGGGACAGUUGGGAAAAUUUGAUAUAAUAAGCUUACUUCCAUGGUGUUAUCAUUAGGAUCAAAAGAGAUUAUAGGCCAGGCGUGGUGGCUCAUGCCUGUAAUCCGAGCACUUUGGGAGGCUGAGGUGGGCAGAUCACAUGAGGCCAGGAGUUUGAGACCAGCCUAGGCAACACGGUGAAACCCCAUCUCUACUAAAAAAUAUAAAAAUUAGCUGGGCGUGGUGGCUGGGGCCUGUAGUCCCAGCUACUUCAGGGGCUGAAGCUUGAGAAUCCUUUGAAGCUGGGAGGUAGAGGUUGCACUGAGCUGAGAUUGUGCCCCUGCACCCCAGCCUGGGCAACACAGCGAGACUCUCUCAAGAAAAAAAAAAAAAAAGAGAGAGAGAGAGAUUAUAUAUUAAAGAGGAACAAGUCCGUAUUACGAGAGUGGUCCCAGGAAAGUGAACUCAGAUCACUGCUGGCAAAGAUAAUUGAUGCCAUACCCCCACAUCAAAGCUUGUUUCACAUUCGUGCCUCAGAAAAAGUACAAGCCCCUCUCAAAUGCUUGAAGUUUCAAAGAUUAGACCCACCCUUGGCAUAGACAGAUUUUAGUAUAAUACUCCUAAAACUACACUUUUUUUUUUUCUGUCAUAAAUGUGCAUUGUGCUCAGUCAUUUAUUGCAGUGACCCAAACAGAGCCCAGUCCAGCUGUUUGUGUUUGCCCUGUAGUGAGAAGUGGACUAGGGCCAUGUGACUAAGAAAGCCAGACUGGGGACUGUCUUUUCACCUACAGAUGUUUUAAUGUGCUUAACAUUAUCCAAUACUAGCAACCGAAAUAGUCUAAAUACCACAGCAGGAUCUGAUUAGCUUUUUCAGAUCACUGCCUUUAUUUGCUGUUUGCAAAAAAGCUUAAUCCAGUGCUAGAGAUCAGGCUUCCUGCUGAGCCCUGGGGUAGUUUCUCUCAUUCUUUGUGUUCACAGUGGCAGGCAUUAGUGAGCAGAUUCCUCCUCCUCCUAAAUUAAAGCUGUGAAGUAGUAACUAUAGUAGCAAGGGAUAAAGAGAAGGAAGAAAACCCAAGGGAAAAAAGAAGACUGUCUAUUCAUACCAAGUACUUUCCUUGAUAUAUACAAAAGAAAGAGUUUCUAAUAUGAAUUCGUAAAUACUGACCUCAGUGUCUCUUCUAGUCAGUGCACAGCUAUUAAGUUUUAUUAGGUUUCAGUUGUAACGACUUUGUGUGGAUGCACGUUACGUUUUUCAUAUUUAUCCUACUCAAUCAAUCUCAGUUUUACCAGAAGAAUUACAUUUAUUAGCCAUAACAGUGGCCUUUCUCUUAUUCCUUUCAGUGCUGAUAUAUUUUUUACUCAGGAGAUUUCAAAAAAACUAUCACCACCAUCAAAAAAAAAAAAAAGAUAAAGUCUUUCUUCAUUUUUGGGACAUCCAUAUGCUUACCCAAGAUGUGACAUUUGAAUUCGGUGUAAUUCACACUGUAAUUUGCAAUAAAUGAUAAUACUAGAGAUGUUUUAUCUUGAUCCUUGAUGGGUUUAUGAAAUUAGACCAUUGCCUUAACUAUAUCAAUAAUAUUGCUAUAACCUUUUGGUCUUACUUUAGAAAUUAGUUUGUCAUUCAGAACCCAGUAAUUAUAUUUAGUUCAAAAAUAUUUUCACUGAUUUUUAAAUUUCCUACCAUUUUUGGAAUGGCAUAUAUCAAUAAAAUAUUGGAACUCUCUUGAGGAAGUAUCUGUAAACAAAUGAUGAUCUGUAAUAUGGUACUUUAUCUUUUAGUUUUCUUUCUGGAAACAACAAUAAUUUUCAGUUUUUAGUAGUCAGAAGAAGUGUUUUCUGUGCAAUAACUGAAAAAUCUUAACUAUAUAGAUCUUCUUAUUUUGUAAAUAGAGAUGAUCUCAUUUGCAUUUGAGUAGGCACAAUAAGGACAAGGCCAGGAGUCCCAAACUAGUGUUACUUUUUUCCAACUAUUCACAAACGAUCCUAAUUGUGUGUAACCUCUGUAUUUGUGUAUAAAAGGAGAUUGAUUUUGAUUGUUUUGGGUACUUUUCAUAUCUUUAGAAUUCAUGAUCAUAUAAUGAAAAAGUGUAGGCUCUGCAUAAAUCAGCCUAUAGCAGAAAAUUGUAUGUUAAGAGCAGUUCUUUGCCUUCACUGUUUUAAUUUGCACUGGAAUGAAAAGGGAAUGUGCAUGCUUGUGUUCUACAUCACAUAAGUAAAUAGUAGAACAGCUAUAGAGCUCCUUUUUCUUUAGUAGGGAAAUAUCCUUACAAUGCCUUGUAGUGUUUACAUUUUGAUUGAUUUUUUUUGUUGUUCAUAAUCAGAGGCCACUCAAGGUAUAACUUAUGCAGCCCACAAAAGCAAGUAGUCCACAGUAUUAUAAAUGCUGCAGCCUGAAACUUUGAAAUAAAUCGGGAUAACAAGUUUACUCACCAAAGGGGCUUAUUUUUAUAUACACUGUACACUACAGAAAGUCAUGGUUAACUUGUUCCUGAGCUAAAAUUUGAGUAUUACAUCUUACACAUUUUAUGAAAUACAAAUGCUUUAAAUAGUUAUGUUGUAUAUUAAAAUAUAAUGACUUUGCUUCUCUUUAAUUACAUGGUUAACUAGUAUCUGUAGUAAAACAAUUUUACACUGCUACUUGGCAUACACAGGAUAGGUUAUUCUGAUGAUUUUAGGUUGAAGUUAAAUAAUUCUGUCUAAAUCUACAGUUUAGAUGACUCAUUUGGCACAAAGUUAGAUAGAACUUGUGUUUUAUCUUACUAUGCUAGAGUUUCAGUGAAUUUUUAAAAAUCAGUUCUAUUUGUGAUCUCUUAAGUCUUUUUCUUUCGCAAUUGUAUUUGCAUCAUCUCUCCUUUUUGUUUUCUUAUCUUGCAGCAAAUUAACAAAUGCUUAAAAAUACAGAUUUUCCACUAUUUCCAGGGAAAUAGUUUGACUAUACCCUUCUGUCUCAUUUCACCAGUAACUCAUUUAUUAAAGACAGGGAUUACUGCAGUAGUUAAUUGCUACUUUGACACACUUCAUUUUCUUUCUUUAAUAAAAAUGAAAAGCUCAUAGACUACAGUAUAGCCUCAACUUUUUGGAAACAUGCAACUUUUACUACUUUAAAAUAUAAUUAGUUUCUUUGUUUCACGCAUUGAAAACUAGGAGGAAAAGCUGAAGUCUGCCCAAGCCAGGUGUUUCUUGUUGGCAGCCUGCUCUCUAAUGACUCCGCUCUCAUAGAGCAGCUGCCUACUAGUCAGCUUUGUAUGGCCUAUUGUUGCUGCACACCCCUCGUUAAUACACAUGCUGCCCGGGGCAGACCCUGCGAAUGACAUCAACUUGCUUAUCUUAGAAACCUACAAACCUGACGCAGGGUGCUGAGGUUGUCUUGCAUCUGCCCGGCCAACUAAUUGUGAGCUUUCUGGCCUAUGAUUGGCUGUGAUUCCACUCGGUAAUAGGUUAAGCAAAGACACUGCCAUUCCAUCUGUUCAACCAUUCAUUGUUCUUCUUGCCUGCCUGGAAGUCUGCAGCUAAAAUUGUGUUAAGGAGUUUACUGCUGAAGCUGCUACAGAAACCAAUGUCUUUGUAUUUUCCUGCUAACGAAUACGGGGUGCUUUGCAUUCAGGAAUAUGGAAAAAACAGCAAAGUGGAGUCAAGUGCACGUAACAGCUUCAUGGGCUUGAAGGCUCACCUAGGACAUGACCUCGGCCACCUUUAUGUGGAGAGCACUGACCCACAGUUAAGUCCAGCUGCACCUUGGUCAACAGUAGAGAGACCAAGUAUGGAUACCGUUAAUGCGGGAAAGGAUGAAAAAGAGGUGUCUGAAGAGAAUGCAAGCUCUGGUGACUCUGAAGAAAACACAAAUUCUGAUCAUGAGUCAGAACAAUCGGGUAGCAUUUCAGUAGAGCCAGGCUUAAUAACUAAGACUCACAGACAACUCUGCAGGUCUCCCUGUUUACAGCCUCACAUACUCAAGCGCAAUGAAAUUUUGCAAGACUUUAAACCUGAAGAGUCCCAGACUACAUCCAAGGAAGCAAAGAAACCACCUGAUGUGGUGCGAGAAUACCAAACAAAACUGGAGUUUGCACUUAAGUUAGGUUAUUCUGAAGAACAGGUUCAGCUUGUACUAAACAAACUUGGUACUGAUGCUUUAAUCAAUGAUAUUUUGGGAGAACUUGUCAAACUUGGAAAUAAAAGUGAGGCUGAUCAGACAGUUAGUACAAUUAACACUAUAACACGGGAAACUUCUUCCCUGGAAUCUCAGAGGUCUGAAUCUCCAAUGCAAGAGAUUGUAACAGAUGAUGGUGAAAAUCUGAGACCAAUAGUUAUUGAUGGCAGCAAUGUGGCAAUGAGCCAUGGAAACAAAGAAGUAUUUUCCUGCAGAGGAAUAAAAUUGGCAGUGGAUUGGUUUUUGGAAAGAGGCCACAAAGAUAUUACAGUUUUUGUUCCUGCGUGGAGGAAAGAGCAAUCCCGACCUGAUGCUCUCAUUACAGAUCAGGAAAUUUUACGUAAGUUAGAAAAGGAGAAAAUCCUGGUGUUCACGCCAUCCCGGCGAGUCCAGGGGAGGAGAGUGGUGUGCUAUGAUGACAGGUUCAUCGUGAAGCUGGCUUUUGAGUCGGAUGGUAUCAUUGUGUCCAAUGAUAACUACAGGGAUUUGGCUAACGAGAAACCAGAAUGGAAGAAGUUCAUAGAUGAACGAUUAUUAAUGUAUUCAUUUGUCAAUGACAAGUUCAUGCCCCCUGAUGACCCUCUUGGCAGACAUGGCCCCAGUCUGGAUAAUUUUCUGAGGAAGAAACCUAUUGUUCCUGAACACAAAAAGCAGCCUUGUCCAUAUGGAAAGAAGUGUACCUAUGGACACAAGUGCAAAUAUUAUCAUCCCGAAAGGGGCAGCCAGCCACAGCGGUCAGUGGCUGAUGAACUCCGUGCCAUGUCUAGAAAUACGGCAGCCAAAACUGCAAACGAAGGAGGACUGGUGAAAAGCAACAGUGUUCCUUGUAGCACCAAGGCUGAUAGCUCUUCUGAUGUCAAACGCGGUGCUCCAAAGAGGCAAUCAGAUCCAAGCAUAAGGACUCAAGUCUACCAAGACCUAGAAGAAAAGCUUCCCACCAAAAACAAAUUGGAAACCAGGUCUGUACCUUCCUUAGUUAGCAUCCCGGCUACUUCUACGGCAAAACCCCAAAGCACUACAUCUUUAAGCAAUGGCCUUCCAUCUGGAGUUCAUUUCCCACCUCAGGAUCAAAGACCACAGGGACAAUAUCCUCCAAUGAUGAUGGCAACCAAAAAUCAUGGAACGCUAAUGCCUUAUGAACAGUAUCCAAAAUGUGACUCGCCUGUCGACAUUGGAUAUUAUUCCAUGUUGAAUGCAUACUCAAAUCUGAGUCUCUCAGGCCCACGAAGCCCUGAAAGGCGUUUUUCCUUAGACACAGAUUAUAGAAUAAGUUCCGUAGCUUCUGACUGCAGCAGUGAAGGGAGCAUGAGCUGUGGGAGCAGUGACUCCUACGUGGGUUACAAUGACCGGUCCUAUGUCAGCUCCCCCGACCCACAGCUAGAGGAGAAUUUGAAGUGUCAACACAUGCACCCUCACAGCCGCCUUAAUCCUCAACCCUUCCUGCAGAAUUUCCACGACCCCUUAACCAGAGUGCAAAGUUACAGUCACGAAGAACCAAAGUUCCAUCACAAGCCUCCUCUUCCGCACUUGGCUCUGCACCUGCAGCACCCCACUGUGGGCGCCCGGUCCAGCUGUCCCGGCGACUACCCCUCUCCUCCAAGUUCAGCACACUCUAAGGCACCACACCUAGGGAGGUCCUUGGUGGCCACGAGAAUAGACAGCAUCUCUGACUCUCGACUUUAUGACAGUUCUCCUUCACGACAAAGAAAGCCUUAUUCCCGCCAGGAAGGCCUGGGAGGCUGGGAGAGGCCGGGUUACGGGAUCGACACCUAUGGGUACCGACAGACUUACUCCUUGCCCGAUAACUCCACGCAGCCGUGCUAUGAGCAGUUCACCUUCCAGAGCCUCCCCGAGCAGCAGGAGCCGGCCUGGCGGAUCCCGUACUGUGGAAUGCCGCAAGAUCCCCCCAGGUAUCAAGACAACCGAGAAAAGAUUUAUAUCAAUUUGUGCAACAUCUUCCCACCUGACCUUGUGAGAAUUGUCAUGAAAAGGAAUCCUCACAUGACAGACGCCCAGCAGCUCGCCGCAGCCAUUUUAGUGGAGAAAUCCCAGCUGGGUUAUUGAAAGAUGAUGCAUCUUUGUGGUGUUCAGUAGUUUUUUGUUCAGCUCAAAUGCUGAGGGAGGUUUGCUACAAUAGCACAUGUGAUCUCCUUCUCAGCAAGGAGGUUAUAUAGUAUCCAUUUAUGUGAAGUACUGUAUCAUGGAAUCUGUAUGUAUAGCCCCACAUGGUGGAAGUAUCACGGGAUUGCUUUACAUUUAAACUUUUUUUUAACAUUUCCUUUUUAAAGCUAUAUCCUUGGCUGGAAAUUUUUCCAGUUUGAUUUAAUAGAUGUAUCUGUGAUCUUUGAUAUUAAUCUUUGGUGCAUCAGGGGUUUAUAUGCAGCACUUUUUAUCCUUGUUUUGUGUUUUAUUAACUUGGUGUUUGUCUAUCAAUUGCAAGCAAUUACAAUACCUUCAGAAUGUGGGACAUUUGACUAGACCUAGCAAACUGUUUUUUCGAGCCAAGCUUAAUUAGACUCUUUUACAGCUUUUUAAGUUAUUUUUAUUUGGGGAAAGUGGGUUUCUUUGUGCUAUAAUCAUUAUUUAUAGAAACAAAGAUAUACUACAGCACUGACUUUAUAUUUUAAACAAAAUGUAAGUUACCAGUUUUAUGUUGAAAUGGGUAACAGUAUAUAUAUUAGAAUGAUUUACAAUAUGGCACUUUUCAUUGUGUUAUUUUUGUUUGGAUUUUUUUCUGUUAAGAAAUUAGUUAAUUUAAUAUGGUUGAUUUAAAAGAAAGCAGAUGCAAUCAAUGGAAAAAAUGUUUCCAUUUUUUUAAAUGAAUAAGGCAAAAGCUGUAACUGUUACAGGUUAGAGCUUUGUUAUCCAGCCGUGAUGUGCUUCUAGACAGUAGAAGUGGAAUUGAAUUCCUAGAUUUCCAUUAACCUGUAUUUUUAAUAUGUCUGUCUUUUUGUUUUGGGGCACAACAAUACUGGAUAAAAUAACCCUUUCACAGCACUUGCCUGUUUUUAAUGAAUCUAAUUAUUCACAAUGCAACUUUUAUAUUUAACAUACUCUUUAGCUUUCCUGCUAUUUAUCAAGGCUGGCCUGAGGUGGGUUUAUGUGUUGAGGAUAUGCAACAUUUCUUGAUACUGCACUAUAGAAAUGGUGAUGGAGAAGUUGUAAAUGGUAACUUAAAAUUUUUGUAAGAUAUUGUAUAUUUUCCAUUUUCCUGAAGGUAGUUUUCUUGGGGGGCCUGUUAUAUUAUUAAGGCCAGAUUCUUGCCACAAAUAGUGUAGUUUUAGAUACAGACUAAGGUCUGUUCUAGUAUUAGUAAGGGAUAUUUCUGGUUUCAAAGUCAUGGGUUUUGCUAGUGGUGAAUACAUUUCUGCGGAUUAGAAGACAGAUUUUGCAGCCAGUGGCAGACAGUUGAGUGACUGACAUCACUUGACGGUUGCCUCCAGAUUUUGAAUUGUACUUUGUGUAACAGACACAUUCAGAUCUUUUUCUGUAGUCUGCUUAGAUGCGCUGGCUAUUCUGAUUAUUCUACAUGCUACAGUUUGAAGUAAAGCCCUGAAAAACCAGAAAGUACCUUUUACUGUUGAUACAAAUUGUAUCUUUUUAACUAUAAGAACUGUUUUGAUUUGUAGAUCUAGUUAAAACACAAGUAUGUAACUAUGAUUAGACUUUUGGGCAACAUUUUAUCCCUUAUUUAAAUACAAAUUUUUAAAGUAAAAUUGAGGUCUAGAAUAGGUUAGAAAAUAAAAAUAACAAUUUAGAUAAAUAAAAGUGUUUGUCUUAGUUUUAUAUAAUAUAUUAAAACACAUUACAUAAAUUUAUUGGCAUUUUCUUUCUCCUAAAACUUACCUAGUGUGAACUUAAAAUAAAGGUAAAAUGCUGCCUGAAAAUAAUGUCCGAGCACCUUUGACUAGGAUAACAUUUUCACUACUUGUGUGACACUGUGUGUUGCACGAAGUAGGAUUUGGGUAUACAGUAAAUGCUUCUAAAAGGCAUUGUGCAUAUUGACAUAACCAAUAAUCUGAACCGUGUUCAGCAAACUUAAUUCAGGAAAGUGGUAUUCUACACAAUUAUUGCUGUUGUGUUUGAAAUGAGUGUGGCACUCAUCUGUACCCAGAAAUAAUAUGGGUGAGACCACACAACCCAUUGUGAGUGGUGUCUGUCUGAGAGCAACGCUACUCACCUGUGAAAUUGUUCUCCUUGAUUUGGUUGGUCACUAUAAAGCAAGUUUAAACAUAGAGGCUAACUCAGUGCCAAAACUAGGGUUACAGAUGUGUAAUACCUUUUAUUUUAGUCAUAUUCUAAGACUUUUUUUUAGUAUGAAAUCACUUUUAAAUUAUACAUGUAGGUUUUGCUUCCAUUUUCAUCAUUUUACCAUUUAUUUGAACAUUCGCCAAAUUUUACUCCAUUUAUUUAAAUGAGAUCUUAGGUGAGAUGUGUGUGACACUUUGAAUUUGACCUUCUUGUGUUAUUAGCUGACUAUUUGUCAUUGCCUCAUGGAUUUUAAAUUAUGGGAAAAUAGUGUAGCCAGCUGCCACCUCUACUGAAGUGAAUAGCUCUGAACUACCCACACUAAAUCCUUCAGUGUAAUUAAUUAUGAGUUUAAAAAUAGCAGUUUUCUUAUGUGAAGAGGACAAUUUGUCCCCUUUUUUUUAAUCACCAAUGUUGCAUUCAGAGCUGUAGAAUGAGAUAAUUGGCAGACUUUAGGUACAGCAAAUUCUUACUUAUCUAAAGCAAUAAGUCAAAGGAGCCCAUCAUUAAAUUAAGUCCAUAGAUCACAAGCCUUCAUGUUAGCCAAAACUUUCUCUUUAACCAAAUCUUUUACCAGACUUGCUAAUAAAUAACCAGAGAGGUGUGUUAAUAAGUGAAAUUGCCAGAAAUGGUCAACUGAUCAAAAAAAAAAAAAAAAGGAUUCAGAUUGGAGUAUUUUGCCCCUGAAUAAUUGACAGUUGACUGUACUUUACACAGUAAGUAGCCAGUCUGUUGUCUCUGUGUCUUAGUCCAGAGGGAAUAGUACCUAACUGGCCAAAUACUGGCUCUUGGUAUUUCCUUCUUUCUUGCAUGUGAUACAGACGUUUUCAGUCUUGUUUUUAUGAUCUCUCUAUAUAUCCUGAUAAGAGUUUGUCACUGACCUACACAUUUGGAAGAAAUGCACACCAGUAUACAAUAUUUGAUACUGGUGGAAACUUGACCUUUGUGUUUUUAUGAAAAUUCAUUUAUGAGAAUAUGUAAUAUAACUGAAGAGUAUUUUAUAUAUAUCUAUAUAUACACAAAUAUGUAUUUGUUAUGAGGUAUUAAAAACAGGGGUUGGGGGAGUGCUUCUGAUGGCUAACUUUUCUCUAAUUGAACUAUGUUUCUUUGAGUUGUGAACGACCAAGUCUGGGGUCUGGACAGCCAAUGAUAAGAUUUAGAACCACUUGGAUGGAAAGCGAUUCUUCACUGGUUUUAUUCUUGGUAUUUUAAAAGAAUUAUUUUGAUAUUUUUAAUAGAAUGUGUAAUUUUAAAGUACACAAAAAACUUAAAGUAGUAUUGAUUAUACAAAUAAUUAUUUAACAUGUCUUAUGGAUGUAUCUAUAUGUAUAUAGACAGUAAUAUAUUUAUAAAACAAAUAUACUUUGCUUAUGUUAUAGCUCUUGUUUGUGACAGGUGGGAGGAUGGCUCUAGGGGUGUGUGUGUGUUUGUGUGUGUGUGUGUGUGUGUGUGUUGAAAACUCAAGCUGUUUUCCUCUGAUUUACAAUGGUAUUUACUUUAAAGUAUAUUUGGUUUUCGUUAUUCUUUUUGCUAUUCAGCUUCCUUAUUCAAGAUAAGAUAAGUUGUACGGUUUUCUGGCCAUUCUGUUGGUGUGUGGUGCAUCCAUUUUAUUGUCAUAUAACUCCUGGAGAAUUCUCAAGUGACCUGAAAUCAAACAGGUUCUGGUUGGACAUAUACUUAUGUUCCAAAUAUAUUAAAGAUGGUAAUUCAGCUAACAUGUUAAGUUUCCAAGGUAUACACUGACAAAUAAAAUGAGGUAUUAAAAAGAGAUGGAUUACACACAUGCCUUAGAAUAAGAGAAAACAGAGCGUUAAUAAAAGUAAAAAAACAUACACUAUCUUAGCCCCCUAGGGCAGGGGCGGAUUUUUUCUGUAAAGGAUCAGAUAGUAAAUAAUACACAAAUCAUAUGGGCUUAAAAUACCAUUGUAAAAACUACUCAUCUCUGGCUUUAGAGCAUAAGAACAGCCACAGAUAACAUGUAAAUGAGUGUGGCUGUGUUCCAAUAAAACUUUAUUUACAGAAACAGGAAGCAGGUCAGAUUUGGCCUGUGGGCCAUAGUUUGCUGAUCUCAAGCAGUAAAUCCUAGUAUAUGUUAACAGAAGAAAUCAUAAUUGCAUUUCAGUUGACAUUCAAAGAAAAUCUGGUAGUUUUUGAUAUCCUUCAAAAGAGGAUUGUUAGACAUUCAUAUUAAAGCAUCUUAAUUCAUUUGAGUUUUUUACCUGUUUACACCUGUUAUUUAUUAGAUAUUUCUUGUGCUUAACCACAAAAGCAUUCUGUUAAAAUGUUUUAAUAUGUAUUGAAAUUUUUCAUGAACUUUUCAUUUCUAUUGAUAAAUGGGAAUCCCUUACCAACCUUUUUUUUUUUAAUAGCCUCAUGGACGAAAAAAAUCUGUUGCAGCAUUUAAUUAGCCACAAAUACAUUUUGGCUGCAUUUACCAGUUACAUUUUUCUGUUGGUUUUGGCUUCUAAUAAAUGAUAUAUCUGCCAUUCUUUAAAAAUGGUUUUAAAGAAGAUAAAUAUAUUGUAAUUUCACAUGCUAUAGCUUUAUUCUGUAAGGUUAAAACUUGUGACUAGUAUAAUUGUAGCUAUAAUGUGAGUGGCAUGUUACAAUGUAACUCUUUAUAAGAAAUAAAAUGUAUCUCUGCUUUGUCUGUCCAGAUCUUUAGGUUUUUUAGAUGCUUUGGGACUGUCCCUGGUGAAUGAUAUUCUUCAUAUGAUCAUGUGUAAUUCUGAGUUCGUUGGAAGUACACGCUGCUGAGCAUGUUCAUUCACAGUGCUUUAUACCGGCUGUUGCAUCGAUAACAUCAUUUUCAUAAGAACAUUUAAACAGCAUGAACAUCAUUAUCCACUUCAAUAGUUAAACUUUCUUUUAAAAUUGGAAUGCAACUCUGGGUUUUAACAAUGUUUAUUGUUUUUUUAAGUGGUUACUUUGUUUUUCCUUAAUACUUUCUGUUAACUUGCUUAUUAACUCCUGUUGCAGUGUUAACUGUUAUAUGUUAGAAAGUGGCUUUUCCCCUAAGAUUCUUAGUCUUUUAGAUUUAAAGACAAUUUAAGGUUUUGGCCAUUUGGCAGUAGAAAAUGUGCAUGUUUUAACUUAGCUUUAUAAAAUCCCUAACGUUUUACUUCUUGAACCAUAUACCAAAUUUGCCAAUUUUCUGUCCAAGUAUUUCAGAUGAAUAACAAAAUGUUGUUCAUUAAAGCUUUCGCCACCUUUCUUAAAGCAGCUUAUGUUCCAAGGGAAGAAGGCAUCGAAAAGCAAACGUUUCUUUUUAUGAAGAAUACGUGUUCGAAUUCCUUCAGUUUUUUUGAAAUUAGAAAUGUCUUAUGUGAAAUAUUCACAAACAUACAGACUUCUGCAGAGACAAAGCAUUUCAUUGCAAGUGAACCAGGUUAUUGAUUUUAUCUUUUCCUUUCAGGGUUUUUUCUCCCAAACCAGAGUUGUAUGCUGCUAGUAGAAUUUUUUAUUUGAUCCUGCAAACUUUUCUUAUAGGAAAAGUAAGGCAAAAGAUGUUCAGUGCAACCAUCUGAUAAACUGAUGUGAUUGUAUUUAUCCUCUGUUCUGUGUAUUUCUGUAAUGGAAUCUUUAUAAUUCCCAAAGCAGUAUUUUAGAUCUACUGGAAAUCUAUAUCAAAACAGCUAUGUGAUUCUGCCACUGAGAAAAACAUUUAAAAAUUCUUUUUUCUUCUGCUGGUUUUUCUUUAAUGAAGAAAUUGAUCUCAUAUGGCACCAUAGAUGCUAAAUAAAUAAAAGCAUCAUAC